AUGUGGCCUCCAAAGCUCCGUGACCACCAGGCUGAUGGUCAUGAUGUUGAGCAGAAUGAAACAACUCCAUGGCUACAGCAUACAGGAUGGCCUCGCUUAUUUCAUAACCGACCGCUUGGGAUUAUUGCGGCCACGGCAAGGAAGCCCAAGCCAGCAUGGAAUGAAGAUUAUCUGUUGGGCCAAUGGCACGAUACAGCACUGCGAAGUCCGGCCGUCGUAGAAGCCCAGCUACGAGUUAUACUCCGUGGUGUUGACAUCAUGGUUGAUCGAGCCUGUUUCACAUUGGCCAAGACCUCAUACAGAUCUCGAUGCUGGUUGAAUACCUACUGGAAAGAUACCUUUUGGCCCCACGAAUUCAAAGCUGUGAACUGCUUGAAGAGAUAUGUUGAUGUAUGGAAAAGGUUCAUUUGUUAUGUGUUUAGAGUUCAACAUUUUGAAACACAUCAGCAGCAGGACAUCUACAACUUACGACUCGGACGCGAUGAAACUGCCAUGAUGCGUCAUAUACUCUAUCUGGUUGCUCGUCUUCAGCAGGAGGCUGAAAGCUCUAACUGGGACGAAGGACGUGAGGACGAGGAGGAUGAGCCUGGCGACUGUGAUGAUGGAGAUGAGUAUGAAGAUGACGAUGACGAUGGUGGUGGAGCUGACGAGGAAUAUAUCAACGAGUACGACAGAGUCGAGACUGAGAACCAUUCCGACGAAAACGAUAAAAAUUGCAAUAUGAGCGAUGGCAAAGAUGAUUUAUCUGUUGAUUUGCCGUUCUCUCUUCCAUUUGGCCUUUGGUUGCACUUAUCUGAGGCUAUUUUUCAACUAUCAAUGAUGUUCUGGACGUAUCAAGAACCUACCGGGGAUAUGUCUGCAUCUACCAUCAUUCACUACACAGCCGUAUUAGGGAUCCAGGGAUCGUCCCUUGCUUUUCAUCUAGCCCAUAGCUCAUCACCUAGACUAGCCGCACUCAUGUGGAUCGGACGGCUCCUGUUCCUUGAGUACGCCGUCCCUGUUUACGCCUACAAUACUCUUGACUUUGUCUGGCCUAGUCGGACAGCUUACCCGUCACAACCGGAUCGCAUUUCUUCCAUCCGUUGCAAAUAUCUCCUGCGGGGUUGCUACUCGCCAUUUGGAGAGUUGAUCGAACUGAAAGCAUUCGCGAAAUCUAUUGUAAAGCGAGAGGGAGUGCCAGGUAACCUAACUUGGGCUCCGGACGGCCAAUCAUUCACAAUUGGUGACGACAAAAAAGUCCUGUUGUCAGAGUUUUGCGAGACUCAUCACAAAGCCGUAGCAACAGUGCAAGAGCAGGUAGACGAGAUGCUAUUAGGAUGGCAACCGGAUAUUGACGUUUCUGCGAUUCGAGACGAUUUAACUUAUAUAUGGAAGACGCUCCUCCAUAAGCUCCAGAAGUCGUCGUUCCGUGGUACACCUUUCGCAAAAUCCGGACACUGGAAUGUAGAGACUUGUCACAAGUAUCUAAGUGCUGGUAUCGAGCUCAACAAAUCCACUUUUGCAGCAAUUCACUUCAGAGCCAGCCUGCCUGGCCGAGGCACCGAGGUAACCAGUAUUCGAUACCUAAACUCGAAGCUAUCUAUACGCAACGUUUUUUUCUACGAUGGACGUAUGAUUAUUAUUAUCAGUUAUAAUAAGGCCCGAGCGUCCAACAAUUAUGCGUUCUACAUCGUCCGUUAUGUUCCUGUGGAUCUCAGCCUCAGCCUCUUGAAGUAUCUCGCUAUUGUCCGUCCGGUCUGGGAAUUUUUAGCCAGGAAGAUGCAUACAAUACGCCACGAUAGCAACGAGUUCUUUUUCUUAGACCCCAAUGGUAGAAGGAAGCAUUUAUCGUCAGAGCAAGCUUCUGGCAUCUUGAGAAGCAGGACCCGAGACCUAGUCACGCUCUGGACAUUAUCACUGUACAGGCAAGCUGCUUUAGCAAUCGCCAAGAGGUAUCUAGCAAAGCUAGUUGACAAGUCGAAUUUCUACUACCCUUCCAGCGCGGGUGAUCCAAUGCGCGUGUUUGCGGCGGGAGCGGGUCAUCAUCCUCGCAUGCUCCUGACCACGUAUGCUAUCGAUAGAGCUCUUAGGGUUGGGAUAGGGUUAUAUUAG